CGCCCCGCCUCCGCCGGCCGCAGCCUCUUCCGGCGGCGCCGGGAGGAGGAGCCGGGCCGGCGCGUCGGGCCAUGGCGCCGCUGAGGCCGGGCGCGCUCGUGACAGCGAUGCGGGCGGCGGCGGCGCUGCUGCAGGGCGGCGGCGCGGGGGGCGGCGGCGGCGGCGCGGGGGGGCUGAGCCCCCCCCGGGCGCAGGCCGAGCCCGUCGCGGCCGCCGAGGAGCCCUUCGCGGUGGAGCUGAAGGCCGGGAGGACGUACGCCUGGUGCGCCUGCGGCCACAGCAAGAAGCAGCCCUUCUGCGACGGCGCCCACAAGCGCGCGGCGCCCGGUGUCACCCCGCUGCGCUUCACGCCCGACGCCGACGGCCGCGCCCGGCUCUGCGGCUGCAAACGCACCCGCUCGCCGCCCUUCUGCGACGGCUCCCACCGGCGGGACCCCGGGCGCGCGGCCCCCCCGCCCUGACGGGCCCCGGGCGGAGAGCGGCGCCUCGGCCCCGUCUCGGCGGGAGGGGAGGCCGGCGGGGGACGAAGCAGCAGGACUGGGCCUUGGACGUGGAGUCCCAAACCGCAGGCGCUGGCCGGCUCCGGCGGCACGAAGCCGGGUUCCCACACGGAGCCGGGGUUCCCAUGCGGAUGGAUUCCCACGCGGAGCCGGGGUUCCUGCAUGGAGCCGGGGUUCCCAUGUGGAUGGAUUCCCACGCGGAGCCGGGGUUCCCGCAUGGAGCCGGGGUUCCCACGCGGAUGGAUUCCCACGCAGAGCCAGGGUUCCUGCGUGGAGCUGGGGUUCCCAUGUGGAUGGGUUCCCACGCGGAGCCGGGGUUCCCGUGCAGAUGGAUUCCCACGCGGACGGGUUCCCGCGUGGAGCCGGGAUUCCCGCACACGGCCGGGUUCCCGCGCCCCCGGGCCCUGCUUCACCCCGAGACUCGCUGCCGCUGUGUAAAUGUUGAAUAAAGCCGAGCCCUCAGCCCGGA